AUGGCCGACUGGUUACAGUCGGUUACCAUUACAGACAGCACGGGAUUACCUCUACUGACCAUUGCAAGCGUAGCAAAGCGAGGAUACGGUCACAUUACAGUCUGGAAUUUCAAUGUUACAAGCGGAUGGUUUCAACCCUGGAAAACAAUAGUCACCUUACAGAUAGUUGCCUUGGAUUGUGUCUGCAACGAGGCUCAAUGUCUUUUGGUCACCGUUGCACCUUCUAAACCGGCAGCCAUUCCUGGUCAAGUUAUUGUUUGGAGUUUGAAUUAUGUUGGACCUCCGACAAGAUUACAGAGAAUCACGUUUUCUGAGCCCAUCGACGCUAAAUUCUCUCGAUUGCCGGACGGGCGUCUAACAUUAAUGGUUCUUCAGACUAACGGUGUUGACAAUGUUUCCGUCUACGUUUGGAGAGGCCUUUUGCAAUUCCAACACGACACUAGUUAUCUACUAAUAGUCUACUGGCACUGGAAAUUAGACGACACUCCAAACGUUGAGGUUGAAUUGCUUGAGAAGCGGCCCGAAACACCUCCGGUCCUACGAAAAGUGGAAACUCUUUCGGCUGUUGGUAAAAGUCGACCGACCAGCUGGACUGGUAACGUCAUGGUCAAGGCAUCAGCCGAUAUCCGGCGAGUUCAACAGAUGGAUGGAGACAUAAGCAGAUUGCGAUCGCGAUCAGUAAUCAGUGGACGGGGUAGCAUUCACGACUCUAUGGCCGGUGAUUCCAGGCCACCAUCUAUGCAUGUCCUGAAUUACCUGGGUAGCGUAGGCUCCUUGAUUUCUCUGGAGCAGAGAACGUCCCAAGAGUUGCCAGUCACCAUGUCCCUGUCAAAGAUGAGGGGACAACUCAAAACCAGGACUCAGGUUGACGAACGACCCAAAUGGCUCCGCUUUAUGCCACGAUGCCCAAAGGCUUCCAGCAUCCUCGAUCUAAACUUGAUUAAGGAUCCUUUCUUCAUCGUCAUGUCCGUCGCUAUGGCGUUGGGUCGUCUGUCCUACCAACAGUUCAACGUUUUCGUCCCGUCGUUCGCUCAAAGUGUUGGGGUUCCACCGACGGCCGCCGCAUCUCUCGUCACCAUCUUGGCUGCCUCAGAUACCGUCGCCCGCCUUGCUAUUCCGAUCCUGGCCGACAAAUUUUCCAAAUACAUUACGACCCUCACCGUCUUUUUCAUCGAAUUCGCCAUUUGUGCCGUUGGCAGUUUUGCCAUCGCAUUAUCAUCCGAUUUCGUCGGUAUGGUAAUUAGUUGCGUCAUCUACGGAAUCGGUAUUGGGGGUAUCACUGGCCUGCAAGUCGUCGUCAUCGUCCAAACUCUCGGAAUGGACAAACUAGCCUCCGCUUUCGGCCUCAAUCUUUUCAUUGGUGGACUAGUGGUUUUCCCAGGAAUCAUUAUCAUCGGCUACAUCCAAGUGUUAACCGCAAGUUUUUCCAUAUGUUUCCACAUUGUCGGCGGCAUUUGUAUCCUUUGUUGCUGCUUGUGGGCGCCGCUGCCAAUGAUGUUACGCCGAAGAAACGCCAACCUACCGAAAUAAUACAGAAUCAAAAUGAAUUUGUUGAUAACCGUUUUUUAAAUCUCGUCAGGAAUAAUUCCCGCCGUGUUUUUGUCAGAUACCCGCCUCAUAGUUUCUAAUACAAAAUGUGUGUCGUAAAUGAA